CCUUCACCAACCACGUUUUUGUUCACUUAGACUUAAUCUCAGUUCGCUAUCUUAAUGCCAAAAUAAUUCUUUCGAGAUCAGAGAAGUGGUUUGUGAUUAAGCCACAACCUGUGGACUUUAAGGCCCUGUUUGUACUAUGCUGUGCAGAAUCAGGGACUCGUGCAGGCUGGAAGAGGCCUCGGGGGUCUCCAGCCCAGCUCUUCCUCAAGCCAGGCCGACAGCAGGUUCAGCCCAGGCUACUCCGGGCUUGGUCCCGUCAGGUCUUGGAUCUUCUGCGGAUGGAAACUGCAGUCUUUCUGGGGAGAAGAGUUAUCUUUAAACAGUUCGGUGAAAUUGAGUAUUUUCUUUACGAUGGGUUCAAUUACUAUGAAAAAUCUAAAGCUUUCCAGAUUGACCCACAUACUGGUCAAAUCUGUGUGUCUCAAGAUAUUGACAGAGAGGAAGAUCCAGUUACUUACGAUCUCCUAGUCAAAGCUACAGAUGGGGGUGGACUGAGUGCCCAAGCUUUUGUUCGUAUUGAGAUAGAAGAUAUUAAUGAUAAUCAACCUACUUUUGAACAAGCCACCUAUGUGACAAGCAUCAGCAGUCACACACAGCCAGGAACAGAGAUCAUCAAUGUUGUUGCAACAGACAGAGACUCUGGAGUAUUUGGAACUGUCACCUAUGAACUUAUCCCAGGGGAAUUUUCUUCUCUUUUCGCAGUAGAUUCUUCUACAGGAAUUAUAUACUUGAUCUCCGCUCUUAGUCACCUGGAAGGCUCUGCGUUCGUUCUGACUGUUUCUGCCCAAGAUGGGGGUGGUCUUUCCUCUGCUGUUAAUGCAGCAAUCACAGUAAACAUCCUUCAGGCCACUUUGGCACCAGCCGUAUUUGAGAAAUCUCGGUAUGCUUUUUCUGUUCCUGAAGAUAUACCUGAAGGCAGCCCAGUUGGAACUGUAAAGGCCCAAGAACCUUUAAAUUCUUUAGAAGUGGUUUCUUACAGAAUUUCCUCUGGUGAUCCAUAUGGAAGAUUCUCUAUUGACCCGCAGUUUGGUAUCAUCCACACCCAAAAACAACUCGACCAUGAAACUCAGUCUGUUAUAUUACUCACUGUUCAGUCACAGUUGGGUAAUUCCCCGGUCUACAGUAGCACCCAGGUUAACAUAUCUGUGUUGGAUAUCAAUGACAACCCUCCAGUAUUUCUUACCAAAUCUGGUAAAAUAAUUAUUUCACAUACCCUGCCUCCUGGCACAGCUAUCUACAUUGCUCAUGCAGAAGAUAAAGACAGUGGCCUAAAUGCAGUAAUCAAAUACAGUAUGGCAAAUGAGCAAUCAAAUGCAUUCAGUAUUGAUCCAAGCUUUGGAGUGGUGAACCUCACCAGGACAGUGUUUGCAGAUAAGCAGCAGGAAUAUACUUUACACAUAGAAGCAGAAGACCAUGGAAAUCCCCCUCUGAGUUCUGUGUUGAAGUUGUCAGUGAUUAUUGAAGAGCAAAAGAUGGGCCCCACUCUGGCUUUUGAAAAAUUGGUGUAUCAAGUGGAAAUCAGUGAAGCCUCCUUGCUGGGUGUCCAAGUCCUUCAAGUUCAAGCCCACUCACUAGAUCCACACCAUGUCAGCUCCAAGCUGACAUAUUCCCUAGAGUCUAGUACAGAUUCUGUUGCUUUUGGAAUCAGCUCUGAUACUGGCUGGAUUUAUUUGCAGAAACAUUUGAACUAUGAAUAUACACAGAUAUUAAGUUUUAGAGUCCUAGUUAGUACCUUAGGGGACCAAAGCUCCAAGCAAAAUGCAAGUACUUUAGUAAUAGUUAAUGUGCUAGAUGAAAAUGAUAAUUCCCCCAUAUUUUUACAUAAUGACUACUUCUUCAAAAUGGAGGAAAAUCCAGUUCCCAGGGGUGUUGUUGGCACAGUCACAGCUGUUGACAAAGACUCAGGAAGAAAUGGACAACUCUCCUAUAUCAUCUUGUCUGAUGAGACAUAUUUCAAGAUGAAUUCCAACACAGGUGAAAUUAUAAACUGGGUUGCAUUAGACCAUGAAAAGCAAUCUCACCACCAGUUGACUAUCCUGGUGACCGAUCAUGGCUCACCACGACUUAAUGCCACAACAACUGUCUAUAUCUCAGUCACUGACAUCAAUGACAACAAGCCUGUCUUCCCGCAGAUUACAUCUGGAAAAGAACUAACUGUCAAGGUUUUGGAAGGGCAGCCAUCGGGGACACUCAUCACCAAUAUCUUUGCAAAAGACUUUGAUGCUGGGAGCAAUGCUGAAGUAUUAUACUCAAUAGAAUCAGAAGAGGGUACAGGGUACUUCGAGAUUGACAUAAUCAGCGGAGAGCUAAGAACAACUCAAUCCCUGUCAUAUGCUGAGAGAUCAAAUUACAGAAUGGUGGUCACAGCCAAGGACCAAGGAAUCCCUUCACUUCAAGGACAUGCUGCCGUGUGCAUCCAG